AGGAAGCAUUACAGAAAUCCACCAGAGUGCCCCAGGUGCAGCCCCAGGCUCGAGCCAUGUCGUGCCCUGAGAAGUGCCAGCAGUGCCAGCCCUGCAACCCUUGCUGCCAGCCCUGCGGCCCGACCCCGCUGGCCAACAGCUGCAAUGAGUGCUGUGUCAGGCAGUGCCAGAGCUCCACCGUCGUCAUUGAGCCGCCGGCUGUGCUGGUGACCCUGCCCGGGCCCAUCCUCAGCUCCUUCCCACAGAACACCGUGGUGGGAUCCUCCACCUCCGCUGCCGUUGGCAGCAUCCUCAGCUGUGAUGGAGUGCCCAUCAACUCCGGGGGCUUUGACCUCUCCUGCAUCACCAGCUGCUACCGUGGCAGAUGUCCCCCCUGCUAAAGCCCCUGCAAACCUCCUUGGCCAACAACCUGCAAGACCUCUCAUCAUGCUGCUGCACUGAAAACACAACGCUGGGACAUUGCAUUUAGACUUUAUGGCUCUUGUUUCCUUCUUCUCCUCUCUUCUCUCUCUUCCCUUCCUUUUCUGUCACCACCACCCAAUGCCACCCUCCUGGGGACCUUUUGGCCUCCCUGCCUCUGCAGCCCAGGCAGAGGGACACCCCCCCUGCAUCUUAGUGGCUGCUGCUGGUGCCCUCUGUGAGCCACCUCCUUUGCUUCUUUAGACUCAAUAAAGUUG